AUGGAUACAGUUCUGGAGGAAGUUCUGAAUAGGGUUAAUGGCACUGUGGGAGACGCCCAUCUGAACCAUAGUGACCCGGCGGACACGUUCCCUGGCCUCCAGCUGCUUCUCCACUUCAAGCCACUCUUCGUGCCUCUCUACUGCCUCCUAGUGGUGGUGGCCUGUGUGGGCAACGCCUUCCUCCUGGCCUGUAUCCUUGUGGACAAGAAGCUGCACAACGCCACCAACUUCUUCAUCGGCAACCUGGCAGCAGGAGACCUGCUGAUGUGCCUGAGCUGUGUGCCACUGACCGCCUCCUACGCCUUUGACACGCGGGGAUGGGCCUUCGGCCGGCCACUGUGCCACCUCGUCCCGCUCCUCCAGGCUGCCACGGUCUUUGUCUCCGUGCUGUCACUCACCGCCAUCGCCGUGGACCGCUACGUGGUGGUGGCCCAUCCGGUGCGGAGGCGGAUCUCCCUGCGUGGCUGCGGGGCGGUGGCCGUCGCCGUUUGGGCACUGUCCCUGGCGCUGGCGGCCCCGCCCUCGCUGCAUACCGCCUACCUAGACCUGAGGCCUGCUGGACUGGACCUGGUGGUGUGCGAGGAGUUCUGGCACGGCGCUGAGAGGCUGCGGCUCAUCUACUCCUGCCUCAUGCUGCUGACCUCUUACAUGAUCCCACUGCUGUCCGUCAGCAUCUCCUACUGCGCCAUUACCGCCCACCUGCGGAGACACUGUCUCCCCGGAGCCCCCUCCCACAGCCAGCGCCGCUGGGACAAGAAGAGGCGCAAGACCUUCUCCCUGCUGGUGGUCUCAGUGCUCGCCUUUGCCCUCUGCUGGCUGCCCCUGCAGGUGUUCAACCUCAUCCUGGACCUGGAUGGCGACUUCCACAUUGUGGGCAAGCGCUACGUCAACGUUCUGCAGGUCUCCUGCCACCUGGUGGCCAUGAGCUCGGCCUGCUACAACCCUUUCAUCUACGCCUCGCUGCACAGCAAGUUCCGCCUUCACCUGCGUGGCUACCUGCGGCCCCGCGGCCGGCGGCGGGGCAGCCUGCUGUCCCAGCAUGCCUCGCGUCACAACGCCACCUGCCUCAGCCUGGUGUCGGAGCCAUCUGCCAGGGAGGGCCGCGAGGUUCCACCAUGCAGCACAGACAACUCUCUCUGA